AUGGAGAAGAGCGACCCCUACGAUGACAUGUCGAAAGCAGAUGCAGACGUUGCCAGGGUGGAAAACAUCGAGGACAAUACGAUGGUGGUAGUCAACGACACCGACAUCUCGUACGGAAAGAGCGGCAUUCCAGGACUCAUUGGAUCGCCUUACGUCUUCGGAGCAGCUCUCCUGGCGUCGUUAGGUGGCUUUUCCUUUGGUUACGACCAAGGAGUCAUCUCUAUCAUCAACGUUAUGCCACAGUUCCACGCCGUGUUCCCUAGGACGGAAACUGCAUUCGGCAAGAGUUUUAUGACUGGCAUGCUGGAGCUUGGUGCCUUCAUCGGGUGCCUCUUCAUGCCGGCGUUGGCCGAUAGGAUCUCGCGUAAAUGGGCUUUGACCGUCGCUGUCGUCAUCUUCAACAUUGGUGCUAUCAUGCAGACGGCGGCUCCGAAUUACGCAGUACUAGUUGCUGGGAGGACUAUAGGUGGUGUUGGUGUGGGAACACUAGCAAUGGGUGCACCUAUAUACAUAUCGGAACUCUCUCCACCGAACCUUCGAGGUACCCUACUAGUGUUGGAAUCUAUCUGUAUCGUAUCCGGCGUCGUUAUCUCCUUCUAUACCACUUACGGCACGCGUCACAUCGCCAGCGAGGCAUCUUUCCGACUUCCUUUUGGUCUACAAAUGGUCAGUGCCACAUUUCUUGGUGUCGGACUACUUUUCUAUCCCUUUUCGCCUCGAUGGCUCGCCCUAGUUGGUCGCAGAGAAGAAUGUCUUCAGAGUCUGAGGCGCCUACGAGGUCUCCCGGAAACCGAUCCUCGCGUGCAGGCCGAGUACAAUGCCAUCCUUACCGAGGUAGAGAUUGAGAAGUCGAUCCAAGAGAAGCACUACCCAGGGGUUUCUGGUUUCAAGCUAGAGAUCCUAGGCUGGCUAGAUCUACUUAAGAAGAAAACAUGGCGUCGCACGGCUGUAGCUGUAGGCGCCACCUUCUUCCAGCAGUUUUCUGGAGUCAAUGGCUUCAUCUACUACGCCCCAACUUUGUUCGCCUCUCUUGGUCAAGACCCAGAGAUGGCGCUUACUAUGUCGGGAAUCUUCAACAUCCUGCAGUUAGUAGGUGUGGCACUUUGCUUCGUCAUCAUCGACCACGUCGGCCGCAGACCUUUAGCUAUCUUUGGCGCACUCGGCGGCGCUAUCACUUGGGGUAUCAUGGCGGUACUGACUGGAAUCUACUCGGACGACUGGUCUGCCAACACUUCUGCGGGAUGGGCAGCCGUGGCCAUGGCGUUCAUCUUCAUCCUGGUAUUUGGAAUGUCCUACUCUUGUCUUGGUUGGGUUUUACCAGCGGAGGUAUACACGGGCAGCUCUCGAGCCAAGGGUGUCGCUAUGGCGGUGUGUGUGAACUGGCUCUGCAACUUUGCUGUUGGUGUCGCUACUCCACCAAUGCUUGAGAGCAUCGGAUUUGGUAUGUACGUAUUCUAUGGGUCUAUGUGCUUUCUGGCGUCUAUAUGGGCAUACUUUCUGGUUCCCGAGACGAUGGGCAAGACUUUGGAGCAGAUGGAUUUUGUUUUUGGGGACAAUGCAGCCCAGGAAGAGAGGGAGAUUCUUGAGACUCGUGUGCGCCGAGGAGUCGGAGCUGAUCACGGAGUCGUCUGA